AUGAAGAUGGCAUUGCCCCUGAUCCUGAAUCCCACGCCCACGGCGCACAUGGCAAGCGCCUACCUCUCAAGCUUCCAGGCUGCCCCCACCGCCACCGGCGGCGGCGCCGGCGCGUCACCGAGGCCGAGGCCAAGAGCGGUGACACGCCACGCCUCCGAGCCGUCGGGCAGGCGAUCAGUUUGCCUCCGCCUCGGCAUCAGCCUCGCCACCGCCGCCGUGCUCCACACAGCGCCCGCCCACGCCACCGACGAGGACCCGGAGCCGGAGCCGGCCAACAACGGCUGGUGGCUCACCGAGUUCCCCUUGCCGGUGCCCAAGAUCCGCAACAAGGAGAUCAAUAAUGGCGAGUCGGGGACGCGGUCCUUCGUGAAGAACGGCAUCUACAUGGCCGACAUCGGGCCGAGCUUCGCGGCGCACGCCUACCAGAUACGCAGCUCCGCCUUCGACCUGCUGGCGCUGGAGGACCUGCUCGGCAAGGAGGCCUCCAACUACGUCAACAAGUACCUCCGCCUCAAGGCCACCUUCAUCUACUACGACUUCGACAAGCUCAUCACCGCCGCCGACCCCGACGCCAGGCCGCCGCUCCUCGGCCUGGCCAACCGCCUCUUCGACAGCUUCGAGAGGCUGCAGGCCGCCGUCACCACCAAGGACGACGCCGACAUCGGGUCCUGCUAUGCUGAUACCAAGCUCAUCCUGCAGGAAGUCAUGACAAGAAUGGCCUAG